AUGAGUUCAAAUGUCCCAAUAAAUACAGAAACAAAUGGCUCUAGCAUAAACAGUCGUUCAAUAUUUGAAAAACAGCGAGACGUUUUGAUUGGACAAGUUGCACAGAGUAUGGAGCAAAUCAUAACAAAUUUAAACAUUUUAAAUAGAAAUAUUGAAAGUUUUAUAACAGUUGGAAAAGAAUUUGAAAGUGUAUCUACUUUGUGGAAAAUGUUUCAUGACGUAUUGUCGAAAGAACACUAUCCCAUGCCAGAAGAAACUCAAGAAACAGAACAAAAUGGAGAAGGUUUAGUAUGA